UUGUUAUUCAUUGGGUUGAUUGUGAAAUACGCAAAAACUUAAUUGUUGAGAUUGAGACAAAUAUUGUAAGUUGUAAGCCGCAUCUUGGGUUGCUGGAUCCCAGUGAAUUAGUGUUACGUGAACCAGCUUAAAUAAAACCUAGACAACCAUGAGUGAGUUAGAAAACAUAAACCCAAACGUGUACCAGAAGUGCGACGAUCGCAAAAUAACCAAAGAUGAGGAAAAUGACGACGUUGUUGACCCUUUUGAUGAACGGGAAAUAUUCGAUCUUAUCCGUAACAUAAACGACCCAGAGCACCCUUUGACUCUGGAAGAGUUACACGUGCUCGAGCAGAGCCUUGUAACGGUGGAUAACGAGAAAAACACGGUGAAAGUCCUUUUCACACCCACUAUUCCGCACUGUAGCAUGGCUACGCUGAUCGGACUUUCGAUUCGGGUUAAGUUACUGCGCGCGCUUCCCCCACGAUUUAAAGUAUCGGUCGUAGUUAAUCCAGGGACACACGCAUCCGAGUUUGCCAUCAACAAACAACUGGCCGACAAAGAGCGAGUUGCUGCAGCGCUGGAAAACACACAUCUGAUUGAGGUGAUCAAUCAAUGCAUAGCGGUUCCAAUACAAUAACGAAAUAAACAAUAAACUAUCAUUUUAUUUAAA